AUGGAAAAUGAAAAACUUGAGCACCGAUCAAUAAUGAAGUUUCUUAGAUUGGAAGGUCAUUCUCCAUCCAGUAUUUAUGAACGUAUGGUGGUAGUAUAUGGUGACCAUGCUCCAUCACAUACAACAGUUUUUGAAUGGGUUCAUAGUUUUAGAGAUGGACAAUUAAAUAUUGAAGAUGGUCCUAAAUGUGGUCGAGCAAUUAGUACAACAGAUGACAAAACUAUUAAAGGUGCGGAAUGUCUAAUUAUCGAAAAUCGUCGAAUUACAAUUGAGAAAAUAGCAGAUGCUCUUGGCAUUUCAACCGGCACGAUACAUGGCAUUAUACAUGAACAUUUCCAUAUGACUAAAGUUUCUUCAAGAUGGGUGCCACAUUUACUAACACCUGAUAAAAGACACGAACGUGUUCAAACAUGUCCAGAAGUUUUGGCUCGCUAUGCAAUCGAAUGA